AUGUUCCUCAAGAUACAGAGAAAACUAGCUAUCCGCAUAUGCAGUGCGUUCCGUACUGUAUCCACCGAGGCAAUAUUAGUAUUGGCGGGUAUAAUACCCAUAGACCUAUUGGUGAACGAGAGAACCGCCACACAUGGAAAAGAGCAAGCAGUUAAAACAACAGAAAAAGAAAACACGCUAACUAAAUGGCAAAGAAAAUGGGAAGCAACACACCACUUGGGCGCUUGGACCAAAAGACUCAUACCGGAACUUAAACCUUGGCACAAGAGAGGACAUGGGGAGAUAACGUACGCCUUGUCCCAGCUAUUAUGUGGACAUGGAUGCUUUGCAGCAUAA